GUAAUAACACCGUCUUUAGUUCAGAAAGGCGUAUUUAAAUCGGACAUUUUAUUUUCACACAUAGCCAACAGAUAUACAAAAUUAUAUAGAUCAAAUGCACAUGUAUUUAGAUGAAGAAAGUGUUUGGGAAGGGAAUAGUAAUUCCGCUGCAAACAUUCAGUGUUUAUGAGACCACGCCGAGUAAACACUGAACAAGAUAAAUAUCUGCAAUCAAAACCAUUGAUUAAUCUACCACAGACCCUUCUUUAUGAUCAGCCAAGGUUUUUGUUACAGAGAAGUGAUUGAAACCCAUGGCAUCAGCUCAACCUCCAAACUUUUCCUGGGUGGAUCCUGGUAAGGUGGCAGGGCUGGCAAUGCCCAGAAUGACCGCCCACUAUCAGUACCUGCUUAACAAUGGCAUUAAGCAUCUGGUGACCUUGAGUGAGCGCAAACCUCCUUACCAUGAUACCUGUCCAGACUUGACCCUUCACCAUAUCAGGAUACAUGACUUCUGCGCUCCAACAUUUGAUCAGAUCAAGCGGUUCUUGUCUGUAGUGGAGGAGGCCAAUGCAAGAGGAGAGGGUGUUGCGGUGCACUGUAUGCAUGGGUUUGGAAGGACAGGAACGAUGCUCGCCUGCUACCUGGUGAAAAGCCGGAAAAUCAGUGGAAUUGACGCCAUUAAUGAGAUCAGAAGCAUUAGGCGAGGGUCCAUUGAAACCAGAGAGCAGGAACAAAUUGUGGUGCAGUUUUAUCAACAAAACAAGGUUUAAAAUAAGAACAUUAUUUUUACGAUGUAUAGUGAAUUAUAAAGCAAUGAAUAAUAACUUGUUUCUAAUUUAUGUAUUUAUUUUCAAAGAUCCCAUGACUUUGUGCACUUUGUACAUGCCUUACAGGUUGCUGUUACCUAAAUAAAAGUUAAAAAAAAGUA